AUGAGGGCCACGUCUUCUUCCCCAAUCCACCGGUCACUCUUGCCGGUGUUCACCGUGCAAUUCUUUCCACACAAACAAAAAAAAGAACACCUCACUCACCUUCCCCCCACAAUCUUACUUCGCUGCAAAAGGGAAACUGAAAUCUUGAAAACUGAAAAACACUCAUUCACCGCAGCAGAUAAUUGAAACAAAAAAUGGGCAUAAGGGCACUUCCCUUAAAUCCUGUGCAGAAUGGCCUGCAGUACCCCCACAACAUUGGGUAUGCAAAAUUGUUGUCAAACUUUAGUAGUGUUCAUAGCAGCAGCAGCAGAAGACCCAAGAAAUCUUUGGUCAUAGUUUCUGCAGGGAAGAAAGAGGAGAGGAGUGACGAUGAAGAGCCUACUAAAAAGAAGGAAACUAACAAAUUGUUUAGUAAUUUGAUAGAAGCACUAGAUUUUUCGCAGGUUAGAUCAGAGAAAGAUGGCGAGCUUCUUGAAGAGGCUAAGGAGGCUACUCAAUCUGGUGGUAGAAUGUCCAAAGAACAGUAUGGAGCUCUAAGAAGAAAGAUUGGAGGCACAUACAAAGAUUUCUUCAAGUCCUAUGUUGAUGUGGAUGGGCAGUAUGUGGAAGAGGGGUGGAUUGACAAAACAUGUAAAAUCUGCAAGAAGGAUACUGAGGGAGAAGCAAGACAAGUGGACAAGUUGGGAAGAUAUGCCCAUGUGUCUUGUGUGCAGAACAAAGCCAAUUCAGGCAAUUUCUUUACCAAACUGUUCUCUUGAACCACCAUGAUCAAGAACAUGAUGGGGUUAAAAAAGCAAUGUUAGUACUUAUUACUGAGCAUCUCAUUUAUGCAUAUAUUUAUGUAAUUCAUCAAACAAUGAACAAUACACUUGAAGCUCAUUUCUUGACAUUUUUUUAUUUGGUUUCAUUUGUUGAAGAUUAAUGUACUUAUAGUUAAGGAAAAGAAAUAACAUUAAAUUCAUUUUAACAUACUUGAAAUAUAAAAAAG